UCCACAGUGAUUGAUGUCAAUAUUACACCCAAGGAGACCACGAGCAACGACGGAUGCGCCUGCUGAACAACCCUCCCCCAAGUCGGCGUGUCAUAACCAUGACCAUUUGCGACUAUGAUGUCCCAGGAUUUUCAACGACAAGAAUUGAGAUGUCUAUAAUGCUCUAUAUUCUUUUUUUCCCGUGUACAUUUUGGCUUCUUCUCACACUUCCCGUGGAUAGCGUGUGUCUAAAUCUCAAGUCUUUUUCAUUGCUGUUGAUAGCCCUUCUUUUCUUAUGCUUUUCACGUGUCAGGAUGGACAAACUAGGGCGUUUCUCUACAGGCUUGCUAUGCUUAGCGUCAGGCAUCUCCUUGCUUCACCUUGCUCUUCGAUUCUAUUUCUUUUCUCUUUUUUUUUUUUUUUUUUUUGGUUACAGGGUGUUUCACUUCUGGAAUUCUACGUUGAUGACUUGCAUGAUGUAAGGAUCUUGGUGUUUAACAUGAUUUGGAACUUAAUGUACAGAAGUGAGGAACAUGCAUCGUAAAUACAUCAUUGUGCUGGGUGUUGCACUUGAGUAUACAUCUGAGCAUACAAGUAAUCUGUGGCUGGUAUUUAGAGUGUUUCGGAAACAGACCGUACUCCGUAUUCGUAUUUAGUUAAUGGCUGUGAUAGUGAGGCUGAGAUAUCUACACAAGUAACGUAACUAAGCCAUUAGGGGCUUAAUCUAUCAACAAGGCACCUAUAUUUCUGUUAUUAGCACUCACU